AUGUGUCAACGCACUACAAUAAAAAGUAGUGAAGAUAGAGAAACAAUUAAAAUGUCUCCUAAUGAUUAUACAAUGACAACAAAUAAUCAUCCUAAUCAUUCUGAUCGUAUUAAUGAUCGAACUUUAUCCAUUGAAAAUAAUUCCAAUACGAAAUAUUUCGUUGAUCUAUAUACAGCAGCAUUACAUUUAAGACAAAGAAUGCGAGAAGAAAAUUUAAUCCAUCGUUCAUAUUCAGCUUAUUUAAAUGAUAAAAACAGUCAACGUUCAUUGUUUCAUAAUUGUUUUCAUUCGUAUGAAGCAAUUGAUUGGCUUAUAAAGAAACAACUAUGUAAAACUAUUUAUGAUGGUGUUGAAAUAUUUCAAGUUUUAGAAAAAUUAAAAGUUAUUCAUCAUGUUUGUGAUCUAAAUGAAUUUGAAUAUCCAUCAUCGGGAUCGUCUUCUAUUAGUAAUGUGAAAUAUUUAUAUCGUUUUCGUCUUGAUGAUGGCACCGCUGAUAGUAAUCGCUCGUUUCAACAAUUUGCUUCUAUUUAUGAAACAUACACUAGUUUGUUUACACUUGAUAAAAGUCAAUGUCGCGGCGUAAAUUUACAACAACAAGUUCCGCUAACAGAUCCAUAUAGUGAACAACCUGGCGUAGUACUCAAAGGUGAUAAUUUAGCUCGCAUGCUUGCAUUACGUAGUGGUGUAAAUAUGCAAAAUGUUGAACGUCUCGCUGAUGAUAUGAUUAUGUAUGGCCUUGUUAAAUUUGACGAAUGUGAUCAACAAACAGAAUGUUGUUGUUCUUCAAAUAAAUUUCAUGAUGACAGUAAUCAUCAAUAUAUAUUAAGUAAUACGCAUCGUUUAUUAGCUGAUAAACGUCUUGAUCUUAUUGCUUUAAUGCAAUCUGAUGCAUUAUUAUUAUCAUCACCGAUUCAUCAUUCACCACCAUUAAUAGGAAUUCCAUCAAAUUCAUUGGUUAGCGUAUCAUGUCCUGAUCGGUCACCAUCAAUAGAUCAUAUGCAAACAAAGAAUUCUCUUAAUCGUACUUUAAGUAGCUAUUAUUGCAAUGAUCAUUUAAACAAACUGUCACCGUUAUUACCAUCAAGCAACUGUUGCCAUCACUAUUAUUCACGUAUGUUGCCUUCAAAUGAAACGAUUCAUUUAUCAUCGUUAAUACAAUCGACAAACAUACGGCGCCAUCCAAUAUCUGGACUAACAAGUAGUAAUAGCUCAUUGAUAAGUGAUGAACCACAAAUGAAUCGAAGAAUAUCUAAUGGCGAUGAACUUGAUUGUACAACUAAACUAACGUGCACAGUAGCAAACAGUGAAGUAUUUCGAAGAAAAAAAUCGGCUAGUUUAAAUUCACCAGCUAAUUCAGAGAGUCGUCCAACAGUAGACGAACUGGAAAGAUUAGAAUUACCAUGGUGUUGGAAAAGUUAUUCACUAAAACGUGAUCGACGUGGUUAUGGAUUGAUUCUUCAUGGUGACGGACCGUGUUAUAUUGAAAGACUUGAUCCGUAUGGUUCUGCGUAUACAUCUGGAAUACGAAUCAACGAAUAUAUAUAUGCAAUUGAAGGUGUUAACGUUCUACGUCGUUCUGGUAAAGAAGUUGAACGUUUACUAUCAAUGUUUGAUAAAUGUACAAUAUAUACUGUAUAUAAUCGUGAUGAUUUUUCACAACAUUCAAUUCCACCUAAUGAAUAUCAUUCAAAUAAAAUCUAUCCAUUAAAACAACCGUCUUCAUUAUCAUCAUCAUUAAAUGAUUAUAAUAAUAAUGCAAAUACAUUAUUAACAACAUUAAAUAAUCAUUCAUCAAAUCAGCAAGUGACUCUGUAUUCAUCAUCGCCACAAAAUCAACAAAAUUCUUCACCAUCAUCAUCAGUUGAUGGUGCAUCAUCUUGUUCAAUAUCGCCGAAACAAUUUGUGACAACAAAUAAAAAGGGAACAUUAUCGAAACAUUUUAAUCUUUUUAAAUUAAAUUCUCGGUCUUGUUCAAAUUCAUCAUCAAUCAACACAAUAAAAUAA